UCCCCAUCCACCCAUCCUCCUCCAACUCCAACGGAUCACUCACCUUGCCUCGCCCUCGCCCUCGCCACCAUCCAACGACGUCGACUCGUCGCCGGCGACGACUCCGGCCGCGCACAUACGCCUGGUAAUACGUACUACGCGGGAACCAAAUCUUACGCACGCGCGCACGAACGCCCAUGGGGCUCCUUGACCAGCUCUGGGACGAGACGGUGGCCGGCCCGCGCCCGGACUCCGGCCUCGGCAAGCUCCGCAAGUACUCCUCCUUCUCGCCCUCCUCCUCCUCCGCCGCCGCCGCCGCCCCCGGGACGGCGCCGCCGGAUGCGCCGGCCGCGACGGUGACGCGCAGCAUCACCAUCGUCCGGCCGCCGUCGCUGUCCGUCCCGUCGCCGCGCGGCGGCGGCGGCGAGUACAGCUCGUCCGUGCCGUCCUCCCCAGCCAGCGCGCCGGACUCCCCGUUCGCGUCAGCUACUACGCCCAAGGGGGACAGCUGGAGGAGGCUUCGCCGGAAACCCAAGACGGCCACCGACGCCGCGCCGGAGGCCGCCGCCGCCGUCGGGCCGAGAAGCCCCACCGUCUACGACUGGGUGGUCAUCAGUUCGUUGGACCGAUGAACUAUAGCGCGAUCCAGCGUGGUGAAAAAGUUCUGAAAAAUCUGAAAAAACAAAAUAACCAAUCGAGCAGAGGAAUAUCUAUGACAAAGGAAGCUAGCUAGCUGACGUGCCUGAGGCUUCACGCAUCCGUUGUGUCUCAUGAAUCUGUGUCUGUGUCUUGAAUCCGUGUGUCUGUGUGUGAGGUGGUCGCUGGCGAUGCGUGCAGUGUUUUUUUUUUCCUAUGUAACUAUGCGCCUACGCCGAUAGAUCACUGAAAUAUCAAAUACUAGUAGUGAUAGUGUUAGUGGAGUCAUAGGCGAUCUAGCUAGAGAGAUGUCUGAAAUGGUAUGAGGAUGUAAUGAGAGUGUUCGCUCUGUAUCCUCCUCUGUAAUUAAGCACUAUGGAAGUAAGAAAAAAAAUGGAAAGCCAUGCCUUUGCUGCUUUCUUUCAGCUCGUGUAUAAA